GGUGCACCUUCGCCAUUUGAUAGAAAUUUUGGGACAAAAAUUUCUGCAAAAGCUAUGCAGUGGAUCUCCAAAAAACUGAAAGAAACCUACCGAAAAGAAGAAGGAAAAGUAUUUGCCAAUACUGAUGACUCAGUUUGUUUGCUGGGAAUGCGUAGACGCAACCUUGUUUUCCAACCUGUGGCCGAGCUUAAGACUGAAACAGACUUUGUACACAGGAUUCCCAGGGAGCAAUGGUGGCUGAAGCUACGACCACUGAUGAAAAUCCUGGCCAAGUACAAGACUAGCUAUGAUGUUUCAGAUUCAGGCCAGCUGGAGCAUGUUGCUAUGCACAGCCCAAAGGAAGCAGAAACUGGAGCCAUCUAAAGAUAUCACUUCUAGAUUAUUGUAAUAGAUGCACAUUGUGAGUAACAAUGCUUUAGAAUUGUUACAGCUUUGUUUUGUAACAUUUAAAUUAUUGUACCAGCACUUUAUGUGAAACAAGACAUUCAGAUGUUACACAGAUUUUUGUCCUGUAUUUGUGUUAUGUUUGAAACAAACCCUAGCAUCUAAUGGACAAGCACCAUUUACUGAUACUACCCUUUAACAGUAACUAAGUGCAGCACCCUUCUAUGCACUCUGUAAGUUACUCAUCUACUGCACUUUGUUUCAGAGUACUUAACACCCAAAAAAUAAGUGUAGAUGGCUAGCUUUGUGUUGAGUUACAGGAUGUGCUUAAUGUAUCUGAAGUGAAAUAAAAUACUGUUGCAAACAUCA